CAGGACACCGGCCCUCCAGGACCGAGUUUGGACACCCCUGUUAUACACACUUGACUUCAAGUAAAGUAUAAAAGCAGGGCUCUUUCUAGAACUUCACAAAUUCUUCCUCUGAGAUUCUGAAGGCAACAAUCUGAAAAACAAGUUUCAUCAUGGCAAUGCUGAGAAGUCUUCUGCUUCUUUUCAUUGUGUUCUCCAUGGGGAACGCAGAAGUUAAUUUAGUUAAAAAAUGCCCUUAUGAAUGGACAAAUUUUGGAGUCCGAUGCUACAAGUUCUUCUCUCAGGCGGUCAACUGGAUCACAGCAGAGAAGAACUGCCAACGUCUGGAUGCAAAUCUCGCAUCUGUACAUAAUAAAAUAGAACAAGAUUUUCUCCUGAGUCUGUUGCCUUCUACCACACGUUGUUGGUUUGGUACUCAUGAUGGUGAACAAGAAGGACAGUGGUUGUGGACUGAUGGAACUCCGUUUGACUACACCUACUGGGCCCCUGGACAACCUGACAAUAAGGGUACCGAGAACUGUGGGGAGUUGAACUUCGAAAAUAACCGUUGGAACGAUGCAGCCUGUUUAACCUCACUGGGCUAUGUUUGUGCUAAAUACCUGUGAGAUCACAUGCAGUCAUCCUGCUCCACAGUUACUUUGAUUGUACUACAUUUACAUGUUCUGAUCUUAUCUUUACAA